AUGUGCCCGAUUUCGCGGUGCCGGUGCAUGUAUACUUCCUCCGAGGCUAGCCUCCUGCUGCUCCGGGCGGGCACCUCGGCUUGGCGUAUACUGAACGCCCGGGCGCGCUGCCACACUGCGAUACUGCGAUGCUGCCAUCUGCCAUCGAUUUGCGCAUUCCUCGCGGGCGCCAACGCGAGUCGCGCCUGUUCCCCUGCCCCCAGGACUGGCGCGGUGCGCACGGGCGGCAUCGGUGCUCCGCGCAGGGGAGACCGCAAGUGCUGGCGCACGCGGGCCGGUCGAGCAUGCACGCACGCAAUCUUAAUCAAGUGCCGACCGCGAGUGCCUGGGCUCGCGCCGCCAAUUCAGGAGCUCGCGGGGCAGAUCGAUUGGUUGGCCCUCCUGCACGUCGCGGCGGGCACUUGCUGGCUCGCCGACGCGGCGCGUGCCCUGCCCGCGUGUCCCUGGGUGGUCACGGCAGACAGGCACGGAUGCGCGGGCACUGGGUGGGCGUCCGCGCACAUAUACGGCGAGCGGUGCAGACCAGACACACACGCACACCACGGCGCGGGAGGCUGCAGAGGGGCGAUCGCCCGCAGGAGGCGAAAGUGGAACGGGGAUCAGGGACCAACGCGCGCGAAAGGGGCCGGGGGCGCGCGCAUGCGAUGGGUGCCUGAGAUGCAGAUGCUGGUGACGGACGGGCGAGCAGGGCAGGGCAGGGCAGGGCAGGGCAGGGCGCCCUGGCUCUUGCAGAGACUCUUCCUUUGCAAUCUGCGUAUCUGGGUGCAGAGCAACCUUGAUCCCGGGGCCUGUCGGCCGCAAACCGUCGAAUUCGUCCAUCGAAGCAUGUUGAAUUAUGUAGUGGUCUGGGCCAGGUCUCUGUCUCUGUCGUUUCCUGCAGACCCCGCGUGCUGCGUGCUGUGCGGACGGGCGUGGGGGGCGGGAAGGGAAUGUGGAUGGCGAUGGUGUCCUGGCAUCGAUAUGAUCAUUGAUGCCCCCGGAACAUGUCCUGACAUUGGGCAGCGAUGGGGCGAUCGAUCUGUUGGUUCCGCUGCGCUGGAUGGAGACGAUGGCGACGCACAGAGAUAUGGUUUCAUAAAUCAGAACCCAAAUCUCCGAUGCAGCACGGAGCGCGCCUGGCCCGCGUCGCAGUCGCGCCUCGUCGCGACAGCGGGUAGGGACGGCAAAGUUGCUGGGGCGCGGCUCGACCUCAGCUGGCAUGAUAAGAGUCGCGACGCAGGGCGGAGACAGCGACAGGACAGGACAGGAGGGCGCGUCAGAGCAGGGUCGCUGAAACGCGACACACGACAAAUCGAGGGAAGCCUCUCGACGCGGGCGGGGCAAAACGACAAUCGCACCAUCCCCAGGCCCGGGAAGACGGGCGAUCCAUCCACGAAGGCGCGCGUGAGAGACGGACCUGUGGGACUCGCGCCGGCAGACGGCCGGCGCUCGGCGUCGGUAGCGCGCUGCCACGAUGCGGCGCAUGCAUCGUUAUCUAGCUGGCAGUCUGGCCGGGCGGACGGGAGCGGCUGCGUCAACGUGCGUGCGAUCAAUCGGAUCGCGGCGGUUCCAUGGAAGAGAAGUCGAUGCGACCGCCAGCGUGACGGGGAAAGGGACGCUGCUGUCGGUGGCUGGCGCUCACAUGACAUACCACCAGAUUCGUCUGUCCUGUUGCUGCUCGCGUGUGUGCUUGGCGGGGGCUGCCGCGAUAGGGGGCGCGCAACGUCGGACGGCAAGACACAGACAAAAGGUGCUGACACACCGUGGGCUGGGGCGGUCAGGAGAUAUGCGGGCGGAGUAAGUGUUCUGUAUAUCUCGUCAAGGAAUGUCAUGAUCGGCACGACAGGGGCGGAAAAAUGGGCGGCGAGGGGUCAAGGGGCGUCUGCGACGGAUGCGAUGCACCUGGCUGCGCAGGGCCAGGCAGGCUCCGUCCUGGAUGAGGGGGUCCGGGAUGGGGGACGUGACGCGGGUGCGCGUCAAUCACGAGGAGUGGAGGCUGUUGGACGCGUGACAGGGAGACCAUACGCCUCGCUGAUGAGUAUGACGACGGACAGAGGGGUGACGCAGAGGAGAUGGCGGCGCAAAUGGGGUGUUGUUGUCGAAAGCAACGACGAGGACGGGGAGGAGGCAAUCGUAAUAUUUUGGUGUUAUCGUCCGAAGCACACGGAUAAUCCGGAUGCCGAAAGCGGCAGCCGGGAGAAGAGGGGCGGGGGGCCAAUGGGUGGAAGGGGAGCGGAGGGCGUGGGAAGGGCAGGGAAGUUCUGCGGAAUUGUUCUGGAAGCAGAUCUGGAGUGA